GGUUGGCGCACUUUCCAACAUUUUCAGAGUUGACGGCCGGUUAACGUUCGUGCAUUACCAGCCGCUUUACUCCAGCGCCCUUCGUCAUUUCACGAAGGACGAGUGAACUUCGUGAACUGGGUUCCGUGCCUAGCAGCAAAGGAAUGGGAGGUGGUGAUCAUGCCUCGGUGGAGAUGACGUCUCUCAGGGUAGCAGAGUUCUCCGACAUCCUGGACUGGAGGCCCAUGCUGUUCCCUGAGCCCAUCAUUGCGCAGAAGGCAUGCUCCCUGUGUGGCGUUGUGUACAAAAAGGCAGUGAGACUGGCCUGCAACCACAGACUUUGCACAAAGUGUUAUACUCAGUGUGUUGACAAAGGAGGCAUAUGUCCUGUUGACCAAGAACCAUUCUGCGAAGAUGAUGUCGAGCUAUUGGAGGUCUCACGCGACUACAUCCUGAAGCGUAAAGUGGUCUGUUGGAAUGCACCUAAAGGCUGCAGCUUCGUUGGCCCUGCAGCCGGCAUCUUGGAUCACUACAAGGAAUGCAACUUCAGCAUUGUUUCUUGUUGCUUGUGCCAAUCGUCAGUGUUGCAGCAUGAUAUUUUGGAGCACUUCAAGAAUGGUUGCAACAUUCACCAAGCCACACGUGAGCUUGCCGUCACACCAGACCUCAAGGACAUUGGCACAGCUUGUUUUGAAAUGAAGAGAGACAUGAAGAAGAUCUCCAAGGACCUCAUGUCAUUGCAGACCAGUUUGAACCAGUGCAGUGAAACCAUUAGAAAAGAGGGUGCGAGAUGCAAGGACCAAUGGGAGGCUGAUGCUUCUAGGCUCACUGAGAAGCUUAAUGAUCUAAACAGAGCCUGCUCCACUCAAGUAGCCCAAACACUGCAAGGGGUUUUCCAGGCAGCAGCGGUUGACUACAAAGAGCACUUGAGCACAGAGCUGAGUUUGCAAACGGAGAAAUUGACAGUGGUCUCGGAUGCAGUUCUCCAGAUUUCGCUAAGCCAUCGUAGACCUAAGAAGGUCCAUUGGUACCUUGAGCAGUGGGCAAACCUAAAGAAGCAAGUACCUAAGAAAGGACUUAAGUCCUGGGUUAGUCCCAAUAGUAAUGUGUAUGAUUACAACAUCUCCCAACUUGUCAAGCUCAAACGAAAAAAGGUUCAGGUUCACCUUGGGUGCUACAUGCAAAUACACCCUGGGGAUCAUGAUUCGCAGUUAGAGUGGCCUUUCCGCAAAACGUACACAAUCGGUGUCAUACACCCCAAUGAUGUAUCGAAGGUGAUUUCAAUCAAGGUGAUUUCUGCUGAGUUUGGUGAUUCAACAUACUUGCAGAGGCCAAAAGCCAAUAGUAAUGGAGGCCUUGGAACAGCAUACCUGUCCACUGCAGAAAAGCUGGAGAAGGAAGGGUUUAUUAAAAACGAUACACUGCACUUGUUCUUACAGGUUGAGCCAUAGUCUCCUGACACACCUUGAAAAAAAUCCUGUUCAAGGUCAUAUAGGAUGUUCGCUUUUUAACUCAAAUAUAUUUUUCUUAAAUGGGCGUCGAGAUUUAGACUAGUUCGGUUUUCACCGUGUAUUUAUCAGACUCGGCGGACAUUAAUGGAGGGAUAAUCAUCGCAACAAUUUGACUAAUUUAACUAAAUUAUCUUAAUUAACUUUUUAAUUAAUGGUUUAAGGGUCAUGUUGGAAUUGCAGUAUUGACAGCAAUUACUAUUAGAGACGAGACCAAUUGAAAUAAUUUGCGAAAAGGUAGUGGUGUUGAAGAUAUUACCUGAUCAAUUUUCGUGUUUCUUUUGCCCGGUUUAAAAAUUUAGUUUGCACAGAGCGUUGCAAGCCCUGCCCACAAUGAUGCUUGGAAGAGUGACGUCGUCGUCUCAAUCAUGUCGUCACUAUCUGGGCAGCAUGUCCUUGGUGGGUACACAGACUACGCAAGUGACUUAAACGACUACGUCGCUCUUCCAAGCGUCAUUGUGGUCAGGGCUUGAUGCGCCCUGUUGCACGCAACUUCCAAAUCAAGCGAAAGAACGUGAAAAUUGAUAGAUUAAUUCUUUAAAUUGGUCUGGCCUCUAAUAGUAAUUUCCAUCAAUACUGAAAUUCCAACAUGACCUCUAUAACCAAUAAUUAAAAGGUUAAGGAAAGAUAUAUAAGUUAGUUGGUCAACAUAGCGUGGCAAUUAUGCUCUUAUCUAAUGACUGUCAAGCUUGAUAAAUACAUGGGCAAAAUGGAACUGGUCUAACUCUCAACCCUUUUAAGAAAAGCUGUUUGAAUUUGAAUCGUACACCCUGCUUACAUGCUCUGGCUUGUUUAGCUUUGCAGGAAAAAAGCAUCAAUGUUUUUCAAAGGCUCAGGAAAGCUGUUGUUUCCUUCCCUUUCAUAUACUGUGAUAGAAGGCUGCUAAUAAAACUAGGAUUUUAAACAA